AUGAGCUUACUUAAAACAAUAGCCCUAUUACUAGUGUUAUCACUUUGUGUCGAUUCAUUAAUAAUUUAUCGACGAAAGCCGAAACCUCGUCUGAUAUGUCAUGAGGAAUAUGAAGAUGAAGUGUCAUCGGAAAGCUCAUCAGACGGCGACAACGACAGCGACGAUCCAUUAACAACGACAGCCGUUCGAGUGACAAAAGCUAAACAGACCAGAACGAAGCGAGACAACGAGAAGAUCAAGAUACGAUUCGAUGAGAGAGUACGGAAGCGAGCUCUUGAUGUAAGUACAGGUUUUGGUACCAGAUUGUACGAAGGCUUGCGUUAUAUUGUGGUAGAUUAUUAUAUGUUUUUUCCUUUUUAAUGAUAAGUAAAAACUUUAAAGGUCAAAAAUUGAAUAGAAAAACUAAAAUUUUAAUAAAAUUCUUUUCUAAAAAUUAAUAAAAAUUAAAAGUUAAUUAUUAUUACGCCAUUAAAAAAUGUUUACCACUUCAAUAAAACUCAGAGACCAUGUUUUACAUGCUUAACAUACUUUUACAGGCUGAUGACUUUGAAAUCAUUGGAGAAAGUUUGUCGGAAUCAGAGAAAGAAGCCAUCAAGCGGAAACUAGUUCAAACUUGUCAAUCGUUGAGCAUUCCUUGA